AAGUCCAACCCUAACCUGCCUUUCUAUAGCAAUGUGUAGUAGGAAAUAACUGCAGAUGCUGGUUUACACCGAAGAUAGGCACAGAAUGCUGGAGUAACUCAGCGGGACAGGCCGUGUCUCUGGAUGGGAGGAAUAUGUGACGUUUCGGGUCGAGACCCAGUGAGAGAGCAAUGUUCCCGGGCGCUUCUGAGAAACAUCGCCAAGUGGAGCAUCGAAAAUUAAAUAAAGCUUCAAGAAAUACCAUGCAAGUGAAAAUGUAGCAGCUCACAGGCGAAAAUAUUUCUGGAUUUUCGGGUCAGGCAACAGUUAAACCAUGCAUUAAUUAGUAUUUAAAAAAGAAGGUGUCUUGAGAAUUGCACUGUCAAGCAAUGGGCAGACUGGGUGCCAGUCAGAUCGCAGCGGAGUGAGGCAGAUAGAUGCCGCCCAGCGGUACAGACCCGCCUCUCAGAAACCAUUGGAUCAGGCUGGCCGGCCACAGUUUGACCAAUAAGAGCUCCCAGCAGCCGCCAUCUUCGAGCUGAAUGAAUAACCUUGCCUGAACCGAGCGAGUGCGGCUCUGAUCGGGCAGGAAUGGUGUUGGCGGGAGGAAGAUCAUCGCUGAAACCUCCGGGACAAUUAAGUGACACGAUUACCGAACGCUGUGCAUCAACUGGAGCCGAUCACACCGGGAAGCGAUGGACAAGGAAGACACCCUUCAGUGUCAGCCACUGUCGCUGAAAUUCACCAUAGACAGUAUUUUGAAACCCAGUCCAAAAUGCAAAGAGGUUAAUAAGCAUGACCGUGCAAAGCAGCAAGUCGCAACUGCGGUAGAAUUGAAAUCAUCUCGGAAUGAAGCCACAAGAUCAGAGUUUAGGCUGAUGAAGGACUACAGGAAAACAAUUCAAGAGACAACGAAUACCGGCUAUCUCACAACCUCUUCACUCGAAUUCACCGUGGAGCCCAAACACCCAGUAAAAAGCCCCGAGUCAUACCGGUCGCUAGGAACGGCGGAUCACAGCGACGAUUCGGCUAAAGUCAAACACAACAAGAAAAACAAAAUUCUCGCAAAAAAGAAGACGCGCACGAUAUUUUCUAAAAGCCAAAUCUUCCAGCUGGAGUCGACGUUUGACAUGAAGAGAUAUCUGAGCAGCGCCGAGCGUGCCUGCCUGGCGAACUCGCUUCAGCUCACGGAAACCCAGGUCAAAAUUUGGUUCCAAAACCGCAGAAAUAAACUGAAAAGGCAGCUGUCCGCAGAACUGGAGGUCACAAACACGACCGAACCUGCCCCCAAGAUAGUCCAGAUGCCAGCAAUGUACAAAGAGAGCAGUUUUCUGCGGAGAUGCCUGUUGCCAGUAUCUUUCCCCGUGCUUUAUUCAGGAAGCAGCACGCCUUACCUCUGCUUUCCCGAGGCCAGCAGAUAUCUCCAUGUUCUGGACGGAGACCUAUAACCGAAUAAAGGAGCGCCUAACAGUAUCGGAAGAACUUCUGGUGGUUUAGUCACUUUUAUACCGUAUAACAGGGAAAAGAUGUAUAAUACGACAUUUGUUAAAUGCCUCCCUUUUGUUUACUUUCCACCCUUCGUUGCAUUUUUCCACCAUUUGUUUUUUUGAGUUUACACUGACCACGCACUGCCGUUAUAUAUAUAUAUUAUAUCUCAUGUUAUGCUUCAAUUGUCUAAUUCUCAAUUCUAGCAAUUUACGUUGUCUUUCAAAUCCCUGAAUUAAUUCAGGCAUUAUUUUCAGAGGGCAAUUGAUUCGCUUAAAAUGGCAACAUCCAUGUUAAGUGCAGUCUUUGUGUUUUUAAGGUGCACAUUUUAAACAAUGCGGAUGCUGUAGGUAUGUAGGUCAGAG